AUGGAGCCAGUCAAACUAGUUGAGGAGUAUAACUUUGAUGACCAUACUACAAGUGAUGUCCGUGUUUGCUUUAAACUGAUUGAUGAGCAGCCAGAAUGGUUUUCCUGCCACUCAUCUGUUCUUUCUCAAAACAGCAAGUAUUUUACAGACCGGCUUGGUCAAAAUGAUAUCCGUUCUAAUAGUUGCAUUGAAAUUGAGUGCCCAAGAACUGAGUAUGACCAUUAUGUCAAGAUGUUGAAGUUAAUGUAUCUUCCUGGAGAAUCAGUUGUGGAUUCGUUUGAUUCUGUUAAAUCAGCUCUUGGUGUUCUUCGAGCAUCAAAUUCGCUUGGAUGCGAGUUGGUUACCAAAGGAUGUAUUGCAUACAUUGAAGCUGCCUCAUGGGAUGAAAAUGAGGAGGAGGAGAUUUUAGAAGUAGCUCGGAGCCUUGGCUCAGAUGCAGUGUCUUUAUUAGCUCGGCUGCAUGCUCCCAGUGCAGACGCUGUUAAGAAUGUUUUCAUCUCUGCCAUACGAUUUGCUACGUGCAUGGAAACACCAUUCCCUCCUUUCUUGGAUGACCUCAAGACUUCUGCUCAGGAGCAAAUUGACUUUAUGAUCCAUGAAGAUGAUGAAACUGCUUUGGUUACGAUGGAUGAAGAUGUCAGAUCUGUGGUGCAGGAAGGUACAACAAAACUGUUAUCCGGACUUAGGACUGGACUUGAUCUGUUGGCAACUGAGUUUGAUCAAUCACCUGAUCUAGCAGAGAAAGGGAUUCUGAGUAGCUUAGCUGACAUUGACUGGGUAGCUAAUCUGUUGGCCAAGAUUGACAUGAUGCAUGCCUUUGUUUCUGGUUGGUCAGAAAUCUCGGACCAUAUUCUUUCAGUGGUUCAGGACAAGAAGUAUAGCUCAGGCUUGUGGGCUGUCAAGGCAAAGCUUAUCGAAGUGACUGGAAAGGCCCUGGAUGCUGUUGGCUAUGGCACAGUGAUUCUCCCACCAUCAUCUAGAAUUCAUCUCCUGAAGAGAUGGCUUCCUUAUAUUCAAAUGACAAAACGUUUGCUAGAUGAAAAUAGCAAGGAUGAAACAUCUCUGCAGAUGGAUUCAGACAUGUGUCAGAAUAUUGAGAGUGCAAUAGUCUCGAUGGUGUUAGCAUUGCCAUCGGAUGAUCAGGCUGAUAUCCUGUCAGAGUGGAUGAAGAACGCAGAGCAGUUCAGGUAUCCUGAUCUCACCGAGGCAUUUGAGGUGUGGUGUUAUCGUACUAAAACAGCAAAGAGAAGGCUUGUGGGAGGACUAAAUGGAUCUAGCAACCCCACAGUUAGCUUGUAA